CAGCUGAUGUUGAUCAGGAGGAGGAAGGCUGCUAAUUCAGAGCAUGCUGCUGCUCCACGUUGGGUGCAGCCAGAAGCAAUCUGCUGGAGAGCGGCAGCGGCAGCUUGGUGUGCCAGCGAUCUCUGCCCACUGCACUAAGUCAGAAGGCUUCACCUGCUGUAGUGGAGGGGCCUCCCUGUGUGGGCAUUGCUGCCUUUGCAACAUGGACUCACAGCACUGCAAAAUGAAUGGUGAUGCUUUCCAGGAAUCUAGCUACAUUGAAGACUCCCCCAGUAAAAAUGGUGUGAUUUCUUUGAUUUUCUCUCUGAAAGAAGAAGUCGGGGCAUUAGCUAAAGUCCUGCGCACGUUUGAGGAAAAGGGAAUAAACUUGACCCACAUUGAGUCCCGACCUUCCCGUCUCAACAAAGAUGAGUAUGAAUUCUUCAUUAACUUGGAAGGCAAGAAUGUCCCAGCACUGGACAAGAUCAUCAAGUCCUUGAGAACUGACAUUGGAGCAACAGUCCAUGAGCUCUCACGAACAAAGAAGAAGGACACUGUACCGUGGUUCCCAAGAAGUAUCCAGGAGCUGGACAGGUUUGCCAACCAGAUCCUAAGCUAUGGAGCAGAAUUGGAUGCUGAUCAUCCUGGGUUCAAAGAUCCCGUGUACCGGGCCCGGAGGAAGGAGUUCGCGGAUAUCGCCUACAACUACAGACAUGGCCAACCUAUUCCACGAGUCACCUAUACGGAAGAAGAAAAGAAAACUUGGGGCACUGUCUUCAGGGAGCUGAAGAGUCUGUAUCCAACUCAUGCUUGCUAUGAACACAACCACGUGUUCCCACUGCUGGAGAAGUACUGUGGCUACAGGGAGGACAAUAUUCCCCAGCUUGAAGACGUUUCAAAUUUCUUGCAGAGCUGCACUGGGUUUCGGCUGCGUCCCGUGGCCGGCUUGCUCUCCUCCCGGGAUUUCCUGGCGGGGCUGGCGUUCCGCGUGUUCCACUCCACGCAGUACAUCCGCCACGCCUCCAAGCCCAUGUACACCCCGGAGCCUGAUAUUUGUCAUGAGCUGCUAGGACACGUGCCUCUCUUUGCUGAUCCCAGUUUUGCUCAGUUUUCCCAGGAAAUUGGACUGGCAUCUCUGGGAGCUCCAGAUGAUUUCAUCGAGAAACUUGCUACGGUUUAUUGGUUUACCGUUGAGUUUGGGCUUUGUAAGGAAGGAGAUUCCCUCAAGGCAUAUGGUGCAGGGCUGCUGUCUUCAUUUGGGGAGCUGCAGUAUUGUUUGUCAGAUAAGCCUGAGAUUCGGCCUCUUGCCCUGGAGAAGACUUCUGUGCAGGAGUACUGUGUUACUGAGUUCCAGCCCCUCUACUACGUUGCUGAAAGUUUUAAAGAUGCAAAAGAAAAGCUAAGGAAAUUUGCUCAAACAAUCCCUCGUCCUUUCUCUGUCCGGUACAAUCCCUACACACAGAGGAUUGAAGUCCUGGACAAUGCAAAGCAGCUGAAGAACUUAGCUGACACGAUCAACAGUGAGAUUGGGAUCCUUUGCAAUGCCCUGCAGAAGAUCAAAUGAAGAUUUGCUGUAACUUGCUCGUGACUAGAAGCUGCCUGUCUUGAUCUAGCCUCAGUCUAUUAUCUUCCAGUGAACUGCAUCAAUAAUUAUGUUAUAUAUCUUAAUUAUUAGAGAUUAGCAGAGAAACAGACAUCUAUAGGUGACCCUCAACUCUUCUGGCCUUCACCAAUCCAUCUUUUUUCUCACUGAUGUAUAAAAAUUACCUUAUUCCUGGGAACCUGGGGGAAGUCUGCAUAUGUUUUGUGCCAAAGGUUAGCAGAAGGAGAUCUUCACCAUGCAGAGCAUAAUCUGCUGCACCUGUGAGGUCUGGGACCAGGGAUGGGGUGUCAGUGAUGACCAGAGUGAUCCACCUUGCCUUCUCUCACAGCCACUCUCCACUCAGUGCCCCGCAGUUGUCCAAGGUUCCCAUGGAUCUGGAACUCUACACCUUCCAGGGUAUGCAAGGAGAUCUGCCAGGGUGCAAGGGGAGAUUUCUCUUAACAGGCAAACUCACAGUGCAUGGCUGAUGUGUGAAGGCUACGUUUAUUUUUUGUGAAUGUCCUUCCCUGAGAGGUGUCUCUUAACUUUCUGGUCUCACAGCCUAGAAGGUGGGUACCAGCAUCUGGAAAUGGAGAGGAAGUGGCUUUUAUAAUGCAGCUGGAGAUGCUGGGGCCUUCCAACUCCUCACCCACCGUGUCUGUGGCUAGAGUCCCCACAAAGCCAUGGAAGGCCUGGCUCAGCUGUGCCCCAGUCUAACUGCCUUCCAACCCAAACAUGUUAUCUUUCAAGACAGGUCCUAAGUAAUGACACCUUUUUGUAUCUCCACUGCCCAUCUGAGCAUUAAUCUCCUUUUUUUCUUUUGACGAAAGCAGUUUUAAUUGUCCUGGAGUAUAUCUCAGCUGUGCCAGCAAAUGGAACCAAAGGUGGCUCCAGCUUAACUCAACAGCUGAGCGUGGAGAGAGAAGAGUUUUGCUGUUCAGGAAGCUCUUUCUGUAUUUACCCAAUAAAUUUCACUCAAUCAGCAUUAAGUGCCCUCUUGGACUGGUCCACAUUGUAUAAUUCUUGUAGCUCCCUGGUUGGAGGAGGGAACUCAUCAUUGGAACAUUGGAGCAGAAUGGGGCAAGGCAAAGCUGAACUGCAUUUCCAGCUUGAAGUAAUUGAGCAUCAUGACACUAACAUGGCUCAGGGGUCACAUUUCUGUCAGAAGAUUGAAAGAUGGAGAGGGAUUUGAAAGCCCACGAGUCUCAUACCUGUGAUAGCACUAAUUUUGUAUUUAUAGUUUGAAAAUCAAUAUGGCUUUCAUGUAAGCAUCAUCCUUUAGGAAGAUAGAAAAUACAGUUCUUUUCAUUAUAUAUAUGGUAGGUAAUAACAUUAAUUUAAGGAAACCAGCUGGAAUCCUUUUCAAUAGACAUAUAUUUAUGCAAAAUGGUAUCAUUUUGGUGCUUUGAAGUAACCUUUUUUAUCUCAGUAUCUUUUUAUUCCUUUUUUUCUCAUCACAAUGUCUCUCUAGAUCUUUCAAUCUCACUUGACAUGUAUUUUCAGUGUGAAAGUAGCCCAUAUUUUUCUCUCUUAAUAUAAUAGGACCCAUGAGGUAACUGUAUACUACAAAGAGGCAAUUUCAUCCCAAGGGUAAAGUCUUUCAAACUAAUCCUCAGACAGCUUUCCAAGCUCCUCUGCUUCUGGCUUGAAUGACAGCAGCAGUAGUUCUAUAGUGAUAUUGAGAGCUCAGGAUUCAUGACUUUCUUUUAUGUGCAAGUGGAAUAGUUAGAGAAUAUUGAUGCCACAUGUCUGAUUCUCUGUGCCUUAAUACAGGUUUAAAUGAGCAAUAGUUCCAGCCAAAGCAUCAUGGAAUGGCUGCUCAGCAAGAGAUGAGCAAAAAUUAAAUGUUCAGCAUUUUAAAAGCAGAGGAAAUGUAUGGAAAGUAGAUUUUCUUGCAGAACAAAUAAUCUUGUACCUAAGUACUUUAAAUACUACAAAUAAAUCACAUUUUAAAUAGUA